UAGGACCAUGAACUUCUGAAGUUGCUGCUGCUGUUCCUCUCUCUCUGAAUGAAGAUUGAGCUUCACCCCAGACUGCAACUUCCUUCCUCUCUCCAACAUCUAGUAUUUGAUAUGAAAACUGAAGUUUAAAAAACAACAGAUGAAGGGCUUAUGCCCAAAACACCGACUCUCCUGCUCCUCAGAUGCUGCCUGACCUGCUGUGCUUUUCCACACUUUUCGACUCGGACUCCCAAGCGUCUGCUGUCCUCAAUUUCAAGUCAAUGUCUGACAGUCGUUCAGUCCAUUGGGCCUGUAACGAGUUUUGACUAAGAUUCUGUGAGAAGGAGCAAAGUUUUUUGGUCCCUGUUUCAGUACGUUUUCAGCAUCAGUGGGACGGAAUGAGAGAUCCUACUGUUACAGUGCACUGAGUGUGGAACCUAAAACAGUUAUUCAGCCUGGAAAGAGGAAUUCACGGUGGGGAGGGACUGUACACAUGUUUGUGUACCGCUGAAGCUUCAGCCAUGGAGAAACCCGAGGAAUCCCUCCCCGUGGAGAAAUCUUGGAAGUGUGGCGACUGUGGGAAAGGCUUCCAUGUCCCGUCUGUCCUGGAGGCUCAUCGGCGCAGUCACACUGGGGUCAGGCCAUUCUCCUGCCCUGAGUGUGGGAAGGGGUUCAGCAGUUCCUCCACCCUGCUGAGGCACAGACGGGUCCACACAGGGGAGAGGCCCUUCAGCUGCUCCGAGUGCGGGAAGGCCUUCAGCAAUUCCUCUGACCUACUGAAGCACCAGCGUGUCCACACCGGGGAGAGACCAUUUGCCUGCCCAGAGUGCGGGAAGGGGUUCAGCAGUUCCUCCGCCUUGCUGACCCACCAGUGGGUCCACACAGGGGAGAAGCCCUUCAGCUGCCCCAAGUGUGGGAAGGCCUUCACCCAGGCCUUUUCCCUGCUGAGGCACCAGAGUGUCCACACCAGGGAGAGACCAUUCGCCUGCCCAGAGUGCGGGAAGGGGUUCAGCGAUUCCUCUGCCCUGCUGACCCACCGGCGGGUCCACACAGGGGAGAGGCCUUUCAGCUGUCCUGAGUGUGGGAAGGCCUUCACACAUGCCUCCAACCUGCUGACCCACCGGUGGGUCCAUACCAGGGAGACGCCCUUCAGUUGCCCCGAGUGUGGGAAGGCCUUCAGCAAUUUCUCCCACGUGGUGAUCCACCGGCGGGUCCACUCCGGGGAGAGGCCAUUCACUUGUCCUGAGUGCGGGAAGGCCUUCAGCAAUUCCUCUGACCUACUGAAGCACCAGCGGGUUCACACCGGCAAGCGGCCCUUCAGCUGCCCUGUGUGUGGGAAGGCCUUCACCCAGUCCUGCAACUUGCAGAGGCACCAGCGGGGGCACCAGCGCUCCCAACAAUCGGAUUCUGCCGGUGAGGCUGCUGUGGGUCACCCCCAGGACUGAACCUCCUGCCCAGUCUGACAGUGGGAGAGUUGGUGGGCUUGUUUUGUUUUCUGCUGGACAGCACCCACUCCCACGGUGGCUCAGUGGUGAGUAGCAUUGCCUCCCAGUGCCAGGGACCUGGCUUUGAUUCCACUAUUGGGGCAACUAUCUGUGUGGAGUUUGCACAU